GAAACGACAAAACCAUCAUGUCGUCAAGUGUUUGACUAGUCGAGGGGGGGUUCCACACUUCCACCUUCUUCUCUUCUUCCCCUGAAUCGGUGAAGCAUUGAAUAAUGGCAGACGAUUUGUUUGAAGGAUUGCCUCCUCCAUCUUCCGCCACUCUCCUUCCUCAACCACCGCCAUCUCCGCCAAUUGUCUCGGUUCCCACCGCUGCAGUUCCCGCACCAAAGCCAAUCCUCAAAAGUUCUCUCAAGCGCCCUAACCCUACUCCAACCGAAACCCAAGAUACAGCACCUAAAAAAAGCUUGAAGUUUAAACUCACGACUGAUGCUUCCGAAGCGCAAGUUAUUGAGGCAAUGCAGAAGAUAUCUUCACACAUCAAGAACCCUGCAAAGUUCAGCAAGGCUGCCAAGCUUGCUAUACAGCUGGUUCAAGCAGGAAGUGUUACGUCUAGCGUUAGUGAUUAUUUUUUUGCCAUAUUAGAAGCUGCAAUGUCAUCAUCAUCCCAACAUUGUACUGAUCCUUCAGUGCGGGCAGAUUAUCAUGCUCUGUUCGAAGUAGCACAAGACAUCAAAGAACACCUCGAUAAGAAGCAAAAGAAUCAACUGGCAACAUGGACAAUUAAUGCCGUGGUAGCAAAUGAUUUAUAUACAGAUGACAGCUUUGUGUUUUCUAGAGCAGCUGGAAAAAUCAAGGAAGCUAUAUCUAACCUUCCUGUAGCAACAGAGGAGGAAGACAAAGAUGAAGCAACGUCUCUGAAAGAUAGCACAGUUUUGGUAGGUGAAGGUGGUGAAACAGUUGCCGCAAACGAGCAUAUUACUGACGCGGAGGAAGCUGACCCAUUUGGACUUGAUGCUCUGAUUCCUGGAUCCACAAAGAAAGGUGAAAAAUUAAAGGCAAAGAAUGGUGAAGCUGUGAAGAUAAGGAGGGAAGAUGAGGAAGAAACUAAGCGAUUCAUCAAGUCACAAAGAGAAGCCCUGAUAACUUGUUUAGAGAUUGCCGCUCGGCGUUACAAAACACCUUGGUGUCAAACCGUGAUUGAUAUUUUAGUGAAGCAUGCCUUUGAUAAUGUGGCAAGAUUUACAGCUCAUCAGAGGGAUGCUGUAGGGAAAUUGUGGGCUUCCAUUAGAGAGCAACAAACACGUCGGAAGCAAGGGAAGUCAGUUAAUGGAAAACUUGAUGUAAAUGCCUUUGAAUAUCUUCAAGAAAAAUAUGCUAAUGAGAAGAUUAGCAUUCGACAUUCUGUGGGAGGUAGCGGGGACCGAAAAGCCACACAAUGGCUUGGUUAAAUAUUCUUGUGAGCUUCCUGAGGCUUCGUUUGGAUUGGGGGAAGGGGAUGGAGUGGAGCGGAAGGGAGAGAGGGGUUUGAAAGAUCCAUUGUUUGUGUAAUUAAAAAAAGGAUGGAAUCAGAUGGAAACCAAUGGUAUCAAUUCCAUUAUGUUCCAUUACUUUCCCCCACUUCCUGCUAAGUUUUUUUUGGCCUUUUUUUUGUUAUUUAGUUGUUCGCUCUCAUUAUCU